UUAAUGAUUUUCUAGACAUUUUUUAGUUACCAUAGUAAUAUUUUAAAAGAGUAGAUGCUAUCAUGGUAUUUGAUGCUUUAAGAAGAAGCUUGAGAAACUUAAAACGAAGCUCGCCAAAUGCAGCUCCAGACUUAGUUAACAGUAGAAAAUUAAUUGCAUGCAAAAUUGUGCUUUUGGAUGGAACUGAUAUAUCUAUUAAUUUAAAAAAAGAUGCCAUGGGAGACGAGUUGCUACGAAGAGUAUUUUUACAUCUUGAUUUAGUUGAAAAAGAUUAUUUUGGCUUGCAGUUUAUGGAUGCCAAGCAAGUACCACAUUGGGUGAACCCUGUAAAGAAAGUGAAAAAACAAGUUGAAAUUGGUCCCCCUUACACUCUGCAUUUUAGAGUAAAGUUUUAUGCUUUGGAGCCUCACAAACUGAAGGAAGAAUUAACCAGAUAUCAAUUUUUUUUACAAAUCAAGCAAGACGUACGCUUAGGAAAAAUGAAGCCUACUCUUAAGCAAGCUGUCGAAUUAGGAGCAUUAGCUGUACAAUCUGAAAUUGGUGAUUUUGAUGCCACUGUUCAUUGUGGAAAUUAUGUUUCAGAAUUUCGGCUGGUUCCUAAUCAGAGCAACGAGCUAGAAAAAGCAGUAGAGAAAAAGCACAGACUGUUAUGUGGUAUGAAUCCAUCUCAAUGUGAAAUCAAUUAUUUAACUAUAGCAAACAAACUGGAGUACUAUGGGAUGGAUAAGCAUGCAGUCAAAGGUGAAGAUGGUAAACAAUACACAGUUGGCAUAACGCCAAAUGGAGUAUAUAUAUUUAGAAAUGAGGAAAAAUUGAGCUAUUAUAUAUGGCAAAAUAUUACAAAUAUUACAUUUAAGCAUAGCAGAUUUUUUCUGUGUGCUCACACAGCUGAGAGUGAAUCAGAGGAAUACAGAUAUGAGCUUUCCUCUCCUCAAGCUAGUAAGCAUUUAUGGAAGUGUGCAAUUGAGUACCACACAUUUUUUAGGUUAACUGCACCUACAUCUGUUCCUGAAAAGACUAGUGGAUUUUUGAAUUUUAAUUCACGAUUUCGCUACAGUGGUCAAACACUAGCACAAGCUACAAAAGAUGAUGGGGCUAAUGCUAGAAGAACAAUGUUGUUUAAAAGAACAAGAAGUGAAAGAUUCGCGCAACGUUCAACAAUAGGUUAUAUCCGGGUAGGCUCAAGUGUUUGGGCUCGAGCACUCAAUGGAGAUUAUUACAAAGGUACUGUCACAGCACUUUCUGAAAAAGUUCACAUAAAGUUUGAAAAUGGUGAUACUAUAAGUCAUGAAAGAAACGAUGAAACUAGUCUAGUUUAUGAUAUGAAUCCAAAUGCAAAUGAAAUAAAAAUUGGAACUCGUGUCAUUGCUCAUUGGACAGGCUUAUCUGCAUUUCUUGCUGGUACUGUUACAAAAAUAGAGGGAGAUAAAUAUCAUGUUUUUUAUGAUGAUGGAGAUAAAGCACUUAAUAGAAUAGAACAGAUGAGAAUUCUUAAACCACCCUUGUUUUUUGGACCUGGGUCUGGUUACUCAAAUCUGCAAAAAAAGUACUCUAUGAAAACCACCUCAUUAAUUGGUAACUCAGGAUCGAUAUCAGAGGCAGAUGCAAAAAGAAUUUCUCUUGGUGCUGAUGUCAAUAAAAACAAAGUAGGUUAUAAUGAUUUGGAAGAUGAAGCUUUCUUGUCAAACACUCACAGUUAUUCAUCAAAACAAAGUACUUUUUCUGAAAGUGGUUCAUCUAAAAAAACAUAUGAAAGAAAGAAUGAGUCAAAACAAGUUACAUCAAAGGCUGAAAAUGUUUCCCAGAAAGAAGCGGAAUCAAGAAAUAGUUAUCAAAAUAGCUCCGCAAAGUCACAAAGCUCCUCAAAGAAUAAUAGCAGCACUCAAAAAUCUAAUGAAAAAGUCGCACAACCGAUGUCUAGACUACCUUCAAACAAAACGGGUUAUCAAAGAACUGAUUUAUAAAAUGGAAAAAAUUAAAU